AUGGAUUCAAACAACGUAUUGGACAAACCAAGGCUGUUGACUGUUGCCGCAGCACAGAUGGGCCCAGUCAAGAGCCUCUCAACACCCAGAUUAGAAACUCUACGCCGCAUGCUCAAACUGCUCGAGAAAGCCGCUGAGAAAAACGUCAAGCUUUUGGUAUACCCAGAGCUAGCUUUCACAACGUUCUUCGCUUCCUAUAUUAUCAGAGAUCCAGAAGAACUUGCCAAAUUUUUCGAGCAAGCGUCCCCCUCAGACCCCUACGCCUUCGUCAACUCUCCAAACAUCAAACCCCUCAUCGACCGCACAAAUGAGCUAGAAAUCGACCUCUACUUCGGAUUCGGCGAGCGCUGGGUUGAUGCCACCAAAACGGCAGAUUUCAAUACGGCGGUGUACUACUCGGCGUCGCAGCGCAAGUGUUUAGCAAAGUACCGAAAAGUGCACCUUCCAGGACGGAAAGAGCCACUUACGACCCCAGGAUUCACUCAGCAGCUCGAGAAGCGGUAUUUCACAGUCGGAGAUCUGGGUUUUCAAGCUUUCCGCGCACCAGGUCUGGUUGAAGGUGCAUUAAAAGCCAAAGACGCUGAUGCAACCACUAUAUCAAAGGAAAACCAAGGGAAGGGCGAUCCCAUUAUCGGAAUGCUUUUGUGUAAUGAUCGUCGAUGGGCCGAAGCAUGGAGAUGUUACGGAUUACAGGGUGUUGAGCUGCUACUAGAGGGCUACAACACAACAGCAUUCGCCCCACAAUACGAAGGCACUCCUGAAUGGCAAGAACAAGAAGCGCUCCACCACCACCGUCUCUCCUGCCAGGCCGGAAGCUAUCAAAAUGCCUGCUUCAGCAUUCACUCUGCCAAAGCCGGUAUAGAAGAUCACGGCUCACUCAUCGGCGGGUCAAGUAUUGUCGACCCCAACGGCCAUAUUAUUGCCGAGGCAAAAACAAAGGAAGAUGAGCUUGUGCACGCGACGAUUGAUCUAGCAAAAUGCAGGAAGGGGAAAGGCCGGGUUUUUGCGUUUGAUGACCACCGGAGAACGGAGCAUUAUACAAGGUUGUUGGAGCAGACAGGGGUAGUAGAGCCAGAGCUUUUGUAG